AUUGAUGGCCCUGCCUCAACCCAGCGUCAAGCCCCCAGCAAUAGAGGUUCAGCCAAACCAAACCGCUUGCCCACAAUGCCGCAUAAGCAUACACGGCGAGACCAGGACGAGUCGACUUUCGACCUUCCUCCGUCGCAACUCGCGAAACCGCUCCCUACAACAACCAUAUCCAAGAAGAAGGCGGCCGAAAAGAAAACCGACGAUGCCCAGAAGAAAAGCGGCCAGAAGAGGAAACGGGGUGGGAAAGAUGGCGACGAUGCGCCGCGCGCUUUCAAGCGCCUAAUGGCAUUCGCCAGCGGCAAACCACAACGGUCCGGUCUCGACAACGGCGAUGCGCCGGCAAAAGGCAAGGGGAAGAAGAAGAAGAACCAGUCGGCAACCAAGCCCGCAGGCACAACAACAAAAACAACUGCAGCAACGGCGGCGGCGACACCAGCAACAGCCUCAGACCCGACCCCGGCAGAAGACCUCAAAAUCCGCCCCGGCGAGCGCAUCUCCGAAUUCAACCAGCGCGUCGACGCCGCCCUGCCCAUCAGCGGCCUGGUGACGAAGACGGUGAGGAACGGCAAGGACCCGCUCGGCCUCAAGGUGAAGCGCACCAAGAAGGAGCGCAAGAUGCACAACAUGUACGCCGAGUGGCGCGAGAUGGACCGCAAGGUGCAGGAGCGCCGCGAGGAGGAGCGCGAGCUGGCCGAGGAGAAGGAGAUGGACAACGAGGCCGCCGGCGUGUCGUGGAAGCUGGACAUGGAGGCGCAGGGCAAGAAGAAGAAGGGCAAGAAGGGGAAGAGGGGGAAGUAUAUCGGCGAGGAGGGCGGGCCGGAGAGGGAUCCGUGGGAGGAGAUCAAGAAGAAGAGGGGGGAGGCCAAGGUUGGGAUUAAUGAGGUCGCGCAGGCUCCGCCGGAGUUGAAGCUGCCCAAGAAGAACCUGCUUGUCCGCGGGGCGGCUGUGGCUGUGGAAAACAUUCCCAAGGCGGCCGGCAGCUUGCGGCAGAGAGAAGAGUUGCAGGGGAUUCGAGACGAGGUGGUGGCUUCGUAUAGGAAGAUGAUGAGCGAGAGGAGACCUGUCGUGGGGGGGAACUGAUUGAUUUACUUUUCGGUAGGUCAAUACAAGCGAAUUUGGUGGUCACUGAAUUGGAAUUAGAAACCACGAGUUGCCCCGGGAAAAUCUCGACUGUGAAUUGCCAUUGAGUAUAUGCCGUGGAGAGAGCAUAGGGCGCCUUGCCCGCAUUUACAUUAUUUAACUGCCUGU